AUGGAAUGGGACGACUUGUGUUGGAAUCCUCAUCAAGAAUCAGUCCAACGGGGAGAAAUCAGCGGAUCGGAAGCAGGAAGAUUGGCAGGUUUCAGGGAUGGCAAGGCGUUGGGACAAGUGAAAGGAUUUGAAUUGGGAAUGGAAAUUGGAUUUAUUCGUGGCUUUUUGGAGGCUUUGGAACAAGACAACUUUGCCACUGUAGUAAAGAAUGAAAGAAUACAACGCAGUAUUGAUCAAUUGCACAAAGUACUGGAAGAAGAAUUAGUGGGACCCGAUGCCAUCUUUCAGGAGAAUCAUAAUCAAUUGUCAGCAAAGGAAGCAAAGGAAGCAUUGCCACCACAUCAAUCGGAUGAUGCAGACUCGCCGCCACCACCGCCGAGUGACGACGAAGACAAGUCCAAAGUAGAUGUCGAAUCGAAACUACAACGGAUACGAGCCAGAUUCAAGGUGCUGAUCGUACAACUCAAGUUGCCAAAGUCAUCCUUGAAAGACUACAUGGACGAGGCUGCAAAAUCAUCGUCCAUAUCCAACGAUCAAGAACCAGCGUUUGAAGGGGAAUGGUGA